UGGCAAAAAAAAAAGAAGACGAUAACAGAUUCGAUUCACCACCACACCGGACCUUCUCCAGAGCCUUUCAAGUGUUGCUUUACCGACUUAUCUUUUACAACUCAAUGUCGAGCCACAAAGUCAACUCUGCUCGAACCCCAAGUUUUCCUCAACGCGACCAAGUCCAAUAACCACCUCGCCUACAGAAGCUACAACCUAGAAGAGCCACUCGUCGGCACAUCCAAACCAUUUACUAGAGGACGCGACUGUUUAGCUUUCGCGACACAUCUUGCAUCUAUCACACUCGUCGAACAAUUGCUUCUUUACCCUCCACCGACCUCCACCAACGCUCAAAAGACCUCAUUUAUCCCCUCUUUAAGUCAACAUGACGGCGGCGGCCAGAGAUUCGGUCAUCUGGGCCGAGACGCUCAGAGCGCUUACAAAAGCCGUCAAGAGAAAAGACUACGACUCGGACUCGGACGACUACAUAGAACACUCAACCAACAGAGGGCGCAAACUGAAGAGGCGCGCGCGCUUUGUGCGCCAGGGUCAGUUGGGUCCGCCUAACGGACCAGCAACUUAUAGAGAGACCGUCGAACAUGCCGGCUACCAACGAACCGUCAUAAGUCGAAACCCACCCCUCGUUGAUGAGGAGGGAUAUGAGCUCGACAGCGACGACGACGAAGAGCGCAUCGCCGAGGUCCAAGCAGCCGUUGCUGAAGACGACCCAUACUCGGGCAUCCGCAUAGAUGAGAUACUUGCACCCUUGACUUCGGCCGCCGACCUAGCCAACCACCCGGCGCUCUCUCACCCAUUUCGGUCUUCGGCACUCACCGAACUUACCACUCAAGGCUUGGACCUCCUACACAAAGAGCGGGAAGCAUUGGCAAAUGUUCGACCGUUGUUGACGCGCCUUUGCGGGGAUCAUACUUGGGCCUCUUGCGUCAUGAUGCUGGGUCCGAAUGAUGAAGAUCUGUUUACCAGCAUGCGGAACGGCAAUGGAGUGUCCAAUCAGCCUAAACCGAACGGGGUCCCUGCAGAUAAUUCUAGAGAGCCUUUACCCCAUACCAAUGGUACAGGAGUGAAGGUGAAUGGAUUACAUGCCAAAGGACAAGAGUCUGCGCCUGGCUCAGCGAAGAAAAAUCAAACCCCUGCAGAAGAGGAAGAUCCAGACGUGACGAUGGAGGACAUUGAGCCACCAAAACAGGAUUCGACAGAAACUAAUGGUACUAAGACAUCAAAACCUACCAGCGGAGACGAAAAAUCAGCUGAAGAUAAAGCGACUGUAGGUGGCAACCAGGAUGAACAUUUUGAUCCCGACGAGACGAUUGGGGAAGAUGAGGCAACUGGCGGUGCAGAUGCCGCGGAACUGAGCGCAAAUGGAAAGCCAGGGCCUGAUGGUUCGGCGAAACCGGCAGCCGGACCAGGAGCGAACGGGAUGGACGUGGACACUCAAGCCGACCAUCAAUCAGGCCCCGCCCAGGAGGCUAUCAUGAAUGGCUCUCGUGUAGCUUCUACAAUAGUCGACAGCCUCCACGAGGAACCUAUACAUCCUUACUUCAUGGCGCCGCCUUCAGCGUACCCUAAUCGAGAUGCUGGACUCCCGGAGGGCGAGGCUGAGGAGGUCCGUCGGCUGUUGCAGCUCUACGUGCAGAAGCAGGAAGAAGUCUGCCGGGGCACCAAGGACCUUUAUGAGGGCCUCCUACGAGCAGAUCGCAUGCGCAAGGAGGUGCUUAAGUGGUCCAAAGCGGAAGCGCACUGUGGCGUGAACCGUGACAUGUCUGACGGCGAGGACUGGUACGAUAAGGAAGAGUGGGGUCUUGUCGAGGAUCUUAAGAAGGGCCAGGACGAGGAGGAAGAGGAUACGACGACCAGGGACCAGCCCAAAAAGACGAGAAACCGCAGGUGACGACUGUCGAUGGGUCGAGGUUUCGGUUGUUUCUUCUCUUGUUUUCGUUUCUGGUGGUCUUUCUUGCCUGUAAUCACUAUGAUACCAUGUUGCAUCUUCAGGGUUGCACAAUGCCGGCGUUGGGGAUUGGCUUUUUGUUUUCUGCACCUUGUCCCCUUUUCACAGACGUACAUAGCGCAUUUAUGCGGAGCAGUAAAAGCUGUCUUUUUUUUUUCUCUCCUUUGGGCUUUUACAAAUGAUCAAGAGGGGAUGUAGUGGCAACAUAUUGUAAUAACACUUACCAACCGUAUCAACCCAGCCUGACCUUUGCCCACAUCCGAAUACACUCUUGCAGGUCCAUCGACACGGUCCCCUCGGCCGCGGCCUCAGUAUCGGCAAUCAGCGCCACGACGAGCGCCGCCAGCGUAAACGUGACUCUGUCCUCCUCGAGCGCCCGAAAGUCCGACAUGCGCAUGCCGCCAUUGUCCGCCCACGCCAUCCACAUGUCCAACAAACCACACACCCUGCCGGCCAGCGAGCGGUCCCUCACCAUGCGCCACAGCAGCCUCCCGAC